AUGUACACUGAACAGAAUGAUUCACUGCAUUUAAAUAAGACUCAUAACUUCACCGAGGUGGACAAUUUCAGUACAGGGGGCAUAUACAGAAUCAGCUACAUUUUUAGCAAUUACUACCUGUGGGUCAUCUUUGCGUUUGGGUUUCCAGGAAAUCUGGCAACUGUGUUAACCAUCUGCUGCAUGCGACACCUGAAGGUCUCCUUCGUCUUGUAUGUUGCUAUCCUCGCUAUAUCGGACAACUUGGCCAUUUUCAUCAAGAUACUGUAUUACCAGCUGUUGUUGAACAAGGUACCCAUAGGAGCAGCAGGAUGUCGUUUGUUAGAAUUCCUAGGAAACUUCCUGGUAACUUUCUCUCCAUGGAUUUUAGUGAUGAUGGCAGUAGAACGUUUGAUAGCUGUACGUUAUCCGUUUCAAGUACAUUUUUUGUCGUGUUUAUCAAAUAAGAAAGCGUUUUUGGCUGUAGCAAUAGUUGGUGCAAUCAUCGCGGUCAUCUGUGCUCCAGUCUUAUGGACAUCAACGUUUGAUAACGAAGGAAGGUGUACAAAGGAAAAUACAACGCUCUACAGAGCCCUUCAGUUGACUGUAGUGUCAUUAUACGCUUUCCUGCCUUUUAUAAUACUCACAGUGUGCAACUUCCUUAUUGCCCAAGAGAUCCGAACAUCGUUUCGGUUACGAAACUCCUUCACAAGCAUUUACAACCUUGCCUUCAAUAGACGCUUUUGCGACGUACAGAGACAGAUUAUGCUGAUGUUGUUGACAAGUACAGUUAUGUUUUGCCUUCUUCACUUUCCAAUAUGUCUUUUUCUACUCACAAAUCACUACUGGGAUGUAGAGGAAUACUCGGCCUCCUGGUCCGUGAAAUACCUUUGCCACCAGAUUGUUUAUAUGUUAAGCGAUUCUAAUCACGCAAUUAAUUUCUACUUGUAUUUCUUUAGCUCCAGAAAAUUUCGCAGUCACUUUAAGCAAAUGCUCACUGGAUGUUCACUGUGCUGUUGUUCACGGUAA